GCACUGAUUGUAAACUGGUUGUAUUGGUAAGAAUAGAGGUAGAAGAAUGGGUUGUAUUGGUAGGAAUAGAGGUAGAAAAACAGGUUGUAUUGGUAAGAAUAGAGGUAGAAGAACGGGUUGUAUUGGUAGGAAUAGAG